UCACUUUCCAGUUCCUCUUUACGUGACUCGUGUUUCUCAGAAACGACUUGGGAGUGAGUCGUCCACGGUCGUGUUUGAGGGAAUCAGAAGAACUUUUAUCAGAAGUUAUUUCUCGUUAUGUGGACGACGAAAGUGUACUUGGUGUGUCUGUGCUGCUGAGAGUGAAUAAGUCAAGUCCACCCAGGUCAUGGAUUUCCAGAGGCUGCUUCUCAGGGCAGCAAAUGACCUGAGGAAUGACGAUGUCAGAGCUUUGGUGUUCCUUUGUACCGAACUGCUGCGACCUUCACGCUCAGACUCGGUGGACACGGCCAGUGACCUCUUCUCCAUCCUGGCCGACCAGAACCACCUCACACCUGAACGACCUCACCUGCUCACCGAGCUUCUCCUCAUCAUCCAACAAAACAGUCUCAUCCGGGACUUGAAGCUCCAAAUGCCUCUGACCGCCCGCCUCAUCCCUCCUUUCAGGAAGCUGCUGUACGACCUUUCGGUGGAUAUUACCAAUGAAGACUUGAAAGGGAUGAAGUUCUUGCUCCGUGAAAAGAUUCCACGGAGGAAACUGGAACAAAGUCAGUCAACACUGGAGGUCUUCCUGGAAAUGGAGCACUUGGACCUUCUCAGCGACACCAACCUGAACUUACUGGAAGAGAUCAUUACGUCUGUGUGCCCAGUGUUGAAAGAAAAGAUCAUCAAGUUUAAGGAAGAUCAUGUGAAUUGCAGCUUCCCUGUACCUGACGAAAUGCAGCCACUGCGAUCCAAAUCAUCUUCCUUUGAACAGAACCAAGUCAGCCAGUCCUCGGAGCCUCGGAUUCGGAGCCUGUCAGAACUGCCAUCGUCUGUCGAGGGAAGAGCGUAUCGAGAGAUUGUGAGUGUGGGGGGUGUUUUAGAUGACGAUGAGAACCUGUCACGUGGACUGAGAGCAAUGACCACUGAAGAAAGUAGCCGUGUCGACACAAUAUUGACAAGAGAAGAUGGGCAUUCCUCUUUUGACACAGAAGAUCCAACAAACACAAGUGAUGAGGAUGUGAAAACCUAUUCCAUGAAUGGAGUCAAACGUGGAAUCUGCCUAAUAAUUAACAACAUUGACUUCAAGGAAGUGGAAACGAAACUCAAGCAGAGAGAGGGGACCAUUAUUGAUGAAGCUCGUCUGAAGAAGGUGUUUGAAUGGCUUGGCUUCGAGGUUAACAUCGAGCGUAACUGCAACAAGGAAAAGAUUAUCUCAUCAAUACAGGAGCUCAGCACCAGAGAUCACAGUCAGAUGGACUGCCUGGUGUGCUGCGUGCUCAGCCACGGGGCGCAUGAAAGCGUGUACGGCGUGGAUGGCCGCACUGUCCAGCUCACUGAGCUCAUGCAACCGCUCAAUGGGUUGCAUUGCCCUUCUUUAAACGGAAAACCCAAACUAUUUUUCAUCCAGGCCUGCCAGGGCUCCGCCAAGCAAACCCCCGUUUACUUUCAGAGUGACGGCCCAACAGACACCAACUUGUCCUACGAUGCCGCACCAGUGAAAAGGUCCAUCCCAGCUGACGCGGACUUCCUGCUGGCUGUGGCCUCCAUCCCAUUGUAUGUUUCUUGCAGAAACAAGAAGUUCGGCACUUGGUUUAUUCAGUCUUUGUGCAAAAACCUGACCACAAUGGUCCCCAGGAAUUACGACCUAAUGGAUAUCAUGACCAAAGUGAACAAUGAUGUGAGCCAGCAGACCGCGUGGUUGGAAUCCAGGUUCUUGAAGCAGAUGCCACGAUGUGACUCCCGUCUCAGGAAGAAAGUCGUCUUUCCGGUUCCCAUAGAGCAUCCUGAACGUCUUUGACGCCGUCCCGCACCUGUGAAUACUCCAAGGGACGUUUGUUGCCGUUUUACAUUCAUAGUGUCUUUCUCUGGAUGUUAAUGUCUUUCUCAGGACCUUAAUGUUUUACAGCAAGUAUCACCUAAAAAAAUACUUAGCUCUCCAAGUACCACCAUCAUGAAUAACAGUAAAAUACAGUAAUGUCGGAGGCCCAAGUGUUCAUCAAAACGCAAAAGAGGUUUUAUUCCUAAAAUUAUAUUAAAGUGGCACUAAACAGGGCCAAAAAAUGUUAGUUUAUAUGAUGUAAAAUCACGUUCAGAUGCUCAACUUCAAAACUGAAUGGUUAUUGUGGACUAUAAUCAUAAAAAUCAGCACACAAGUUAACUUACCCUCGUUGUUGGGAACAUAAUGUAACAGCCGAACACGGCACCUGACGACAGCGGGACGGUAGGAGGAAGCCCAGAUAGUUAGACAGUCGGCACUGCCCCAUUCACUAGUAUUAAGUUACCCAUGAAGCCAUGCUGUCUCUGGUGAACGUUUACAAAACUAUCCGAGUCGGGUGGUGGUGCUGAUGUUCAGCUCGUCAUCGGCAUGUGUUUUCAAAAAGACAAUCCAUCGCUUUUUUUAAUUCACUUGUAUCAAGUUAACCACAAAGCCAUGUUGCAGCAUUAUACAUGGUUUGAAUAUUAACACUGCAGAGAUAUAGGAAAAUAAAAAAAAUACUUGAGUAAAUUAUUCAAUUAAAAUGUUAAAGAUUAAAUAAAUAAAUGUUAAAGAACAAACCGUUCUUCAACCUUAAAGGCAAAUGUGUUGAAUGUUAAAUACAUCUGAACUGUAUUCAAGCAGGCGGCACGGUGGACGACUGGUUAGAGCGUCAGCCUCACAGUUCUGAGGACCUGGGUUCAAUCCCUGGGCCCGCCAUUGUGGAGUUUGCAUGUUCUCCCCGUGCCUGCGUGGGUUUUCUCCAGGCACUCCGGUUUCCUCCCACAUCCCAAAAACAUGCAUGAAUUGGAGACUCUAAAUUGCCCGUAGGCAUGACUGUGAGUGCGAAUGGUUGUUUGUUCCUAUGUGCCCUGCGAUUGGCUGGCAACCAGUUCAGGAUGUACCCCGCCUCCUGCCUGAUGACAGCUGGGAUAGGCUCCAGCACCCCCGCGACCCUAGUGAGGAGAAUCGGCUCAGAAAAUGGAUGGAUGGAUGUAUUCAAGCAGUGAUUCUUUUGCACACCACUAGAGGGAGCCCGCCUACCACUAGUCGUACUCGUACCCCACUUUGAAAAUCACUGCUGUUGCUGUAAACCAAAACCUGUAUCAAUGUCAACCAUGAGAUUAACAGAAUCUUUUCAUACGAUAA